CAAAAGGGGUACUGAAUUUUUUACUUCCAUUCUGGCUUGUUCAUCCAUCUAAACAACUUUCAGUUUUGCAUAGCUUCAAUCUUCAACAUCAACAAAAUAGUGAAUUUUGAGACUCUAUUUGGUCAACCCCAUGAUUCUCCUUUUAGCUCUUACUGUGUUCUUUAUACUGUUAGCAGUUCCUUCAGUCAUUCUUUACAAACUAUGGUGGAUUCCUCUUCGUCUUCGACGUGUAAUGGAGUAUCAAGGGAUCAGAGGCCCCUCUUACAAAUUCCUCCAUGGAAACACCAAAGAGAUUGUCAAGAUGAAGCAGCAAACCAGUAGAACUGUCAUGGAUUUAUCUCAUGAUAUAUUUCCAAGAAUUCAGCCACAUUUUUAUUCUUGGAUCAAAUUAUAUGGUGACAAUUUUCUCACCUGGAUUGGAACUGAGCCUCAACUUGUUGUGACUCAGCCUGGUUUGGUGAAAGAGAUCCUCACAAACAGAGAAGGUGCAUUUCCGAAAGUUGAAAGCCAAGGCAACUUGAGGAAAUUGUUUGGAGACGGGAUAGUGGUGGCCGAGGGUGAGGAAGUGGUCGAGGCUUAGGAGGAUGAAGUUAGGAAAGGUGAAGCAGACAGUUCUGGGAGUGAUUUUCUGGGAUCACUCCUUAAGGUUCACCAUGAUACAGAUGAGAGAAACCAAAUAUCAGCAGCUGAAAUCGUAGACGAAUGCAAAACGUUCUAUUUUGCUGGACAAGAAGCAACUUACAGCUUGAUAUCAUGGAGCAUGCUCCUCCUUGCAAUCCACACAGACUGGAAAGAAAGAGCGCAGAAAGAGGUGUUGGAGCUGUUUGGUGAAGACAAUCCAAACUCAGACAGCCUUCCCAGGAUAAAGACGAUAAACAUGAUAAUAUACGAAACACUGAGGCUAUACAGUCCAGUGAGUAUUAUUACAAGACAAAGCAAGAGCAGAGUGAGGUUGGGAGAAUAUGAGGUUCCAGCAAAUACAAAAUAUGAGGUUCCAGCAAAUACAAAGCUGGCGAUUCCGCCUCUAGCCCUCCACCGGAAUCCUGAUAUAUGGGGUCAGGAUGCUCACCUUUUCAAUCCAGAAAGAUUUGCUCAAGGGGUGGCUCAGGCGACGAAUGGCAAUGCCAUGGCCUUCCUGGGAUUUGGUUUUGGACCUCGGAUAUGUGGCCUCAACUUCGCGAUGAAUGAGGCCAAGACAGCGCUUGCAAUGAUCCUUCAACGCCAUAGAUUCACGCUCUCACCAAAUUAUGUUCACUCCCCAGUCCUACUCCUUGCUAUUCAGCCCCAGCAUGGAGUUCGGAUCUUGCUUCACCCAUUAUGAAUAACUUGUGAUCAUUUUCAUCAACAAUAAUUAUUUUAUUUCAAGUUUUACACGCA